AUGGAGAAACAUGGGCUUGCCGACGCAUUUCGUAGCCGCCACCCUGAUGCUAUUGAAUUUAUUUAUGAGUCUCCUUUUCUCAACGGCAAUCCCACUGACCCACCCAAGUCCCGGCUGGACAGAAUCUACCUUUCCAGCACGUGGCUCUCGCGGAUACUUGCCUUUACACAUCAACCUGUUGCGCACACUGUCUCAGACCAUUCACGCUAUCCCGCGCUGCUGCUCGGUCUCAACAAUACACACUGUGCUCCCCGCGCCUGGAGGCUACCGCACUCUCUAAUUCACCACCCCUUCGUACAGAAACUCACGACCGAAGCUUGUCAGCAACUUCCCACUCCACUCGGACCCGAAAUGUGGGACCCGUGGAAGAAGCGGCUCUGCCACUUCCUGCAUCAACACUCUCGAGAAGAACGGCUACGAGUAAAACACACUCUCACUCACCUUCAAAAUGAAAUCUGUCGUUUUCAACUCAUACUGGUCCGCUCGCCACGCGACCUGGAAACCCGUGCCAGGCUGGACAAAACCUCCAAACAGCUUGAUCAAUACAUCGCAGGAAAAGCUGCCGACAUUGCCUUAAAAGCCAAGCUAAAAGUGGAAGGUGCCAAAGAAAUGGGCCUACCCUCCCUUCUCGUAGGCCUCACAUCACGCCUCAAGGCGGCUACCAUCCCUCACCUCACCCUUCCUUCAGGGGAAAAAAUACAAGACCUGCAAACUAUGUCGGCUCACUGCACCAAUUUUUACGCUACCCUAUACAGUGGCCAGCACAAACCCUCCCCUUCUCCAGACUUCUGGACACAUAUAUACCCAUCCGUCUUACCGCAACCCUUGAUAGCGCGUCUGGCAGCUCCCAUCUCCCUCCCUGAAGUCCAACGAGCCAUCAAAACUCUGGCUCGAGGAAAAACUCCUGGGCAAGACGGCCUAGCAGGCGACUACUUUCGAACUUACUCGACCCAUUUCGCUCCUGCGCUUCAACGUCUUUUCACUGCCAUCGAAAGAUCCCAGCAGAUGCCCGCUUCAAUGCUCCAUGGGCAAACCAUCCUCAUUCCCAAACGUUCCGACGCCGCCUUCGUGGAGAAUCUAAGACCAAUCACACUAAUGAAUUCGGACUAUAAAGUUUUGGCGUUUUGCUUGGCACAACGUCUGCAAGUCACUCUCCGUCGGAUCAUACAUCCAGCACAGUCCGCCUUCAUUAAAGGACGCCGCAUCGGGGACACAAUCAAUGACUCUCUAGACCUCCUGGAAUGGGCAGAAAGGAAAAAUAUUCCCCUCAUACUAGUCACAGUUGAUAUCAAGAAAGCAUACGAUAUGGUCGACCGAGAUUUCCUCUACACGUGUCUCUCACACCUCGGGCUCCCAGCAGAGUUCGUCACAUGGGUCCGGUUGCUCCACUCCGGAACUAGCACGCAAGUGCUAGUCAAUAAUUUGCCUGGCCCCCCUUUCCCCGUACGUACCGGUGUGCGGCAGGGCUGCCCACUGGCACCCCUGCUUUUCAUCUGUGUGAUUGAGGUCCUCCACCGCCACCUCUCUGUCUCCCUCCCUGGCUUUGCCUUAUCCCCUACGCAACGUCGGCUCGCUGCUUGCUAUGCCGACGACAUGUCUCUCUUCCUCAACUCAGCCGCUGAACUGCAGUUAGCUAUCAGCCUUCUCCAGUCUUUUGCUGAUAUCUCGGGCGAACACCCCAACUGGACAAAGUGCUCACUAUCCCUUUUUCACGUCCCGGCUAGCGACAUCGACCCCACAUGUCCCAUACCUAUCCGUCAUCCGAACGAAGCCGAGCGCAUUUUGGGCAUUUACAUCCAAUCGGACGCACUUGGAGCGACCACAUGGGAGACAAUCACCUGCAGAAUACGCAUCACGGCGGCUUUCUUUGCCAAAUUACAUGCCACCGUCACCUGCCGAUCUGCCUUAAACACCGAGCGCCUUGUUCCCCUUUUCGGCUUUGGAGGUCGCUUUCAGCCCCCCCCUGAAGGUGUCACCAAACAACUUGACCUCAUCGUUGGAAACCUCCUGUCCACCUCCAAGUACCGCGCCCAGGGCAGAGGAACCAGGCUUGUCCCGAAGAAAUACCUCUACAACAAGCGUUGCCACGGCGGUGUCGGGGCCAUUGAACCCUCCAAGCAUAUCCAAGCGCUGAAUGUGCAACGUGCUGCCCGACGUUUUCUUCCCACCCCAACAGAAGAGAUCGCCAGAACAUGCUACACCUUACCAUAUGGGCUGCAUUGCUUUCUUGCCCACAAGGAUAUACUCAAAUACUUGCCUGACACAACGCCGGCACGUGCAAUCGCGGAACUCACCGCCACUCUGGCGCUUCCCACCGUCGUCCACCCGCCCAGACUUGAACCGUGGGUGCUCAUGGCUGAACCGCUCGCCUUCAACCGGGAAAUACGGCGACCACAUGGCCGUCCCUUCGGUCGCCUCAAAGGAGAAAAGUUUCUUCUCGCCAAGGAAUUACGACUCGGAGACAUUCUCGCUCCCGCAACCGCAGGCUCCCGCAAGCUCGAAGACGAGGAAAUCAAGGCCAAAUUCCCCUCGGAAGAUUACCCCGGCACCUUUCGAGUCAUCAAGGACAUCUACCAUGCAGUCCCCAAAACCUGGUGGCCAAUACUCACCACCUACUCACCUCCCCCGGAGUACCUGGCGAUUGGGGAAUGGGCUAUAAUGGCUUCCCCCGGUCCCGGAGCGGCGCAGCAGGUACUACAGGUGCAGGCGGUAUUCUCCAACCAGACGGCGAGGUUCAGCUGCUUCACCGUCACGGACCUCCGAAUAGCGGAAAAAGAGACAGAUUCGCGGAUCCUCCCACUCACCUCGGUCAUACCAGUUUUCGUGCGCAACGGCUGGCUAACAUGA